AGAAACAAAGAGAGAGAGAGACAGACAGGCAGACAGACAUAUAGUGAGAGAGAGAGAGGCAAACAGACAGAAAGAAAAGACCAGCAAAGAGAGUGUUGAGGGUGGAUGACAAUGAUGGAGGCUAGUUUUGACACCGAGGAGAGCUUUGACGACACGUCUUGUUUAACCCCCCAGCCCCCUGGAGCUGCCUCACCAGCCAGGAAGCCCCCCAAGGAGAUGAAGGAGACCAAGAUCACAAUCAACGGCGUGACGUUCCCCCUGCCCGAUGACGACAACCCUGAACAGGAGCUCCUGAAGCCCAACGAGUGGAGCUACUGCGACUACUUUUGGGCUGAAAAGAAGGACCCCCAGGGGAUGACCUGUGUGACCGGCUUCGAUGUUCUGCUCCAGAAGCAGCUGAAGGGGAGACAGAUGCAGAAGGAGAUGGCCGAGUUCAUCCAUGAAAGGAUUAAGAUUGAAGAGGAGUAUGCAAAGAACCUCUCCAAGCUAUCCCUGUCACCCCUGGCUGCACAGGAGGAGGGAACGGUGGGGGAGGCCUGGGCCCAGCUGAAGAAGAGUCUGACUGACGAGGCUGACGUCCACCUCAAGUUUUCCAACAAGCUCCACUCUGAGGUGGAGAAGCCUCUGCUGACCUUCCGAGAGCACAACUUCAAGAAGGACAUGAAGAAGUAUGACCAUCACCUCACUGACCUGCGCAAGCAGCUCCUCAGUCGGUUUGGUGGGGUGGAGAAGGCCCGUAAAGCCCUGGCAGACAGGCAGAAGGACCUGGACAUGAAGACGCAGCAGCUGGAGGUCAAACACAUGAACAAGCACGAGGAGGACAUCAAGAAGGCCCGCAGAAAAUCCACACAAGCAGGAGAUGACCUGAUGCGUCACUUGGAUCUCUACAACCAAGCCCAGUGCAAGUGGUUUGAGGAAAUGGUCACCAACAGCAUGGAGCUGGAGAAGCUGGAGGUGGAGAGGGUGGAGAUGAUUCAGCAGCACCUGCGUCAGUACACCACCCUUCGCCACGAAACCGACAUGUUCAACCAAAGCACCCUGGAGCCUGUGGUCCAGCUCCUACAGAGCGUGGACCCAGCCAAAGACAGAGAGCUGUGGGUCAAAGAGCACCAGACAGGGAAGUUACGGCCGGUCAACCUGGACAUCUAGACCUGGUCUGGGAUCAGUCUCUCUGCAUGAUCAGAGCCCUAGGCCUCCCCACCUCAACCCCUCCAGUAGAUCCAGGAUCAGAUCCAUGCAUGGCCAGGACAGGACUCAAUAAGCAUCCUCUCUGUGUUACUGCAUCAUCUCAGCUGGUUCUCCAUCACACCAGGCUAUGCUUCUCAAUCCAUGUUGGAACAAUAGAAACAACUAGCGGUCAGAAUACCAGCAUGUCAUUCAGACAGCGUCUGACAGUGUUACUCUAUCUUAAGGACUGCCAGUAAACACGCCUACUGCAAACAUUUUACUUUGCUCUUUACCUACAUCAGUACAUACCAUCAUCAGUACAUGACAUCAUCAGUACAUGACAUCAUCAGUACAUGACAUUAUCAGUACAUGACAUUAUCAACAGGAAUGCUGUUGGAUUUUGAUGUAGCAAUCUGAUCAAUCACAACCUCUCAAACAUGGCUUUUAACAAACAACUAAUGAUCAGUUGACUAACGACUAAAUUAAAUAAUUGUUAAGAUAAAUAAUGCAGUAUGACACAUGACAUGAAACAAUAUACUAGAAUAAAUAUGAUCUAUUUUAAUAUUAAUGCUGUCACAGUUAUAAAUAGAAACUGCAUGUUUUUAAAUAAUAUCUUAAAAUGUUUAUUGUACAUUGGGGAGUGUAUAUUUUGUGGAACAUAAUGGUUGUGAUGGCACAGUUGAGCACGUUAUUGGCUUUGUGUUUACGAAUGUCUCCUAAAAGUACUCCAGUCAAUGACCAAGGAAUCCUUUACAACACUGAAACACAACAGCAACCUCUCUCUGGGAAGACGGAAAGGGUCCGCCCCUGUGCAUCGGGUCACAUCCUUUUCAUCUGAACUGCACUCAAUCACUCACCUGUGAAAAUUCCACUGUAACUACGGUAACACAGUUCAUUUCAGUUUUAGUCCCUUAGACAGUCUAAUUCAGUCUUAAGAAAUAGUCUAUAUCAUUAGGUGGUGGGGGUGUUGUCCGUUCAUUACCCUCCCUGCAGUACCCUAAUCUGUGAAUUACUCCUAUGUUAUAGCAGGCAACUAGGAAAUCCUGAUAGGUGUACAAUGUUUGUCUGCGCAUAAUCUAGACUACACCACUGUUUGUACACGGUUCAUAAACAAGUGCACUCUUCGGGUGAAAAGGUGACUGGUCUGGGUACAGGGCAUGAAUGUGAAACAUCUAUUUGUUUCGGUUUGCAGUACGUGGCCGAUAAGAACCUGGGUGGAGUUUAGUUAAGGUCAAGGGCAAAUGAGAUGAUCGAUAGUGAUCCAUGCUAUAAACACCUUUUAGUGCCUAAUGGUGAUAUACCUGGAAUGUCCUUGAUUAAUAUUCUAUUCUGCAUCCAUGUACAUACAUGUACAUAAACAUCUUAGAUGGAUUUAGUUGUUAAAUGUCUUUUAAAGGGCCUUGCACAGCUGUGCGUGUUUUCAUGAUGUGCUUUUAUUUCAAACAGAGGGCCUACCUGUUCACAUGUGUGGCGUCGACCCACUGAUAAAAAAAAUAAAUAAAACUCACCGAUUUCAUAUCGAACAUUUAACGUACAGUUAACAUUUCUCACCUGCCCCACGUCCGAAUCACAGUACAGGUGUGUAACAGUAAGGGUAAUGUCCAGGCCCCCAGCAUCUUAAGAUGUAGGCUUACCUAGAAGGAGAUGACAAUAGGGUCUGUGUGUGUCAUGUCUACUAUAGGGGUGUACGUGCGUGUGUGUGUGUGAAAGUUGUGCGUCAUGAUGUUAUGGGGGCUUUUUGGUUAAGUUCAAUUGAUCUCAUGUGUUUUCUGUGCGUGUGUGCAUAUGUGUUUAUGCUCAGUAUGUGUGUGUGCAUAUGUGUUUAUGCUCAGUGUGUGUGUGUGUGUGCAUGUCUGUGUGUACUGUAUUCUCUGUCAACUGUGGUUCUGUCUGGAGUUUUGUAAGUCUAUAGAUGUGUAUCUGUGGUAUGAAAUGAUACUGGUCCUGGGAACUGUCACAAAUUGAAUUCAGGGUUUACAUCCCAGAGUACAGAGGGAAACACUUAGAACCAUAACAGUUACGACAAAACAGGUAGUUCACUUCAGUCUCAACCACACAGGACAGCUACUCACUAUUUGGAUCAAGGCUUAUUUUUGUAAGAGAAUUCUAUUAAAUAAACACCCCCCCAAACACAUCCUUGUGAAAAUUAACUGGAUAUUUAGCAUGUUUUUAUUGGAUUGUAUCCUACCUUUUAACUGACACGUAAAAAAUUGCAUUCUUGUCGUAGACGUUUUAUUGUGUAUGUCGAUGUUGUGCAAUCUGUAAAAAGUUUUGCCAAAGCUAAUUGUAUUUUUAAAAUUACUGAUAACAAUUAUUGUUUGAUUUUACUUCCCUUUUUUCUGGGAUUGUUUUCAUCUGGGCUGUAACGUGAAUCAGCAGUAUUCAGACACAACCAAUCAUGGCGUACGGUGAAUCUUUGUCCAGACGAUGUUCUGUAGAAUCAAGUGUCCAAUUAAAUA